AAACCACCAUUAUUCACUGUCUUCUCACCUAGAAUUAAUGGAGACACAAACUGGUGCCGAUAGAAAUCAGCUGUUCAAGAGAUUCAGUAUUUUUCUGAGAAAAUGCAUGUUUAAAGUGCUCUCUGUGGGUGCCAUUCCCGAUCACAUUGCAUUUAUCUUGGAUGGCAACCGAAGAUAUGCCAAGAAGCACAAUCUGAUAGAGCUAGGGGAAGGCUACCAGGCUGGCUUUUUGGCUCUCUUAUCUAUGCUCAAAUAUUGCUCUGAAUUGGGAGUGAAAUACGUCACAAUUUUCGCUUUCAGCAUUGACAAUUAUAAGAGAAAGCCCAGUGAGGUUCAGUAUAUCAUGGAUCUAAUGCUGGAAAAGAUUGAGAUGUUGCUUCUGGAAGAAAGUAUUGUUCACCAAUACAAUAUCAGAGUUCAUUUUAUAGGUAACAUGGGGCUCCUGAAUGAGGCCAUCAGGGUUGCAGCUGAGAAGGUGAUGAGAGCUACCGCCAAGAACACCAGGACCAUCAUUCUAGUUUGUUUGGCCUAUACUUCCAGCAACGAGAUCACUCAUGCUGUUGAAGAAUCUUGCCUUGAUAAAUCGACGGGCCAGGCUGAAGCAUUGAAGCUAAGUACUGAAGAGCAUGAAAAUAUACAGGAGAUGGCUGUUAUUAAACUGGCAGAUGUUGAGAAGCAUAUGUAUAUGGAUGUAGCGCCUGACCCUGACAUCCUUAUUCGAACUGCCCGUGAGAACCGCCUGAGCAAUUUCCUUCUCUGGCAGAGUAGCAACAGCCUUCUGUAUUCCCCAGCUGCACUGUGGCCGGAGAUUAGUUUGUGGCACUUGGUUUGGGCGGUACUAAACUUCCAACGAUGCCACUCUUACUUACAAAAGAAGAAAAAGCAACCUUAGAGCAUUUUCGGCCCCUAUUACAGUUUAUCAUAUGAACUAUUGUACCCAGCAUUUAGUUUGUUGAAGGGAUAAUACAGACAGCUAAAAAGGCCAUUGCAGGGGAGCUUUCUAACAAUAAAACCAUGUUACAUGUAUCCGAUUGAAAUUUGAAAACAAGCAUUGAAAGACAAGUUAAAAAAAAGAAAA